ACCGGAACUGGUUUCAUGUGACGUCACAUUAAGCUGGCGGACUGAUCUGCGCUAACAUUUCUUAAACUAAAUAUCCCAUUAAAUGUUAGAACCUGUCGCUUCGUUAAAUGGAGCUGGACGACGAGCUGGAGAACUUCAUCAGAGAACGAAAGGCGCGGGUGGUUCAAGAUAAGGCCAGCCUGGAGCAGGACCCUCCUUACUUAGAAAUUAAGACAAAACCUCACAAAGCUUAUAGUGGGUCUGCAGUGAAGGAGAAUAUCCCACCCAAAUCUACAACUCAGGGAAAAGAUGAGAGUGUGGGUCUGCCUUUAGGUGUGGAGUAUGAGAAGAAGAAACACAGGCUGCAACGUGAGCUCCGGAUGGACUACAGGCGCUACAUGGCUCAGAAUGCACUCGAAGACUCAGCAAGUAUUUUCCCCAAACGUCAUUCCCGGCUGCAGAGGGAUGCAGCCACUAUGACGGAGGACAGCAGGUUCAGGGAGUCUGAAGAUGAUGAGGGCUUUUCAUCAGUGCUUUCAAGGCACCAAAACCGUCGAGGAAGACCGAUAACUCUGGAGGAAGACGAGGAGGAGGUGGAGCUCUUUCAAGAUGAGCUUCCAGAAGGCAGAAGGCGCCGGGAAAUAGCCAAUGAACAAAUGGACGAGAAGAGCCAGACCAUUAGAAUUAAUAUCAGGGAAAAGAGGGAGAAUCGAGGAGACCUGAGGAGAGAUGGAAGGAGAAUAAGAGCACUGAGCAAAAACGAAAAUGCAGAUUUUGCCACUGGUCUUAUAAUCGGAGCUGGCGAUACAGACGAGGCUUUGCAGAGGAGGAAGGAGCGCUACAGGCAGGAGCUGCAGGAGCAGAUAGCUGAACAGCACCGCAACAAGAAGAAGGAAAAAGAGCUGGAGCUGAAAGUAGCUGCAACAGGAGCGAAUGACCCUGAAAAACAGCCGGACCGAAUCAAGCAGUUUGGACUGAGCAGGAGAAGAGCUCCUCAGGAUUCGGAGGCGACAGGAGAUCUCAGAUCGUUAUCUAGACUGCUAUCGAGUAACGAAAAGGACACCAGUAGGGAGAGAGACAUUUCUUUUCCUCCUGAGCAGUCGCAUGCUGCCUUCCAGUCCCCUCUGCUGGAGUAUAGCUCCGCCCUCGGCUUGGGGGAAGGCGGGCUUUCCCCUUGCGGUCAGCCUGCUGCCCCUUUCUUGCCAAGCUCCAUGGAUAUUCCUCGGAAUCCUUUGUUUGUUCCUCAUCCUCCUCCAUCUCUGAGUGGAGUUUACAGAAACCCAUACAUAGAACCUUAUCAGUUCUGUGGCACCAGGAACCAGCCUGACCCAAACAUGGCCUAUUAUGGUCAUCCUUCUGCUCCCAGUGCUGCAUUUCCUGUGUCCUGUUGGAAUGUACCACCAGGAACGGCUGCACCCAACCAGUCCAGCAACCACAGCCCUCACACUGAACCUCCAAUGACGGGAGUGCCUCAUAUUAGGUCCAGCAGGCCCACCAACGAGACCACGGCUGAUUUACCAGCUGGGAGCUUCCCGUUAGUAAGACCCAGAUCAACGAAGGGGAGGACACUGAACUACGGAGAGGCUCUCAAACAACAGGGAGCUUCCAGCAGAGGGAGCAUCGAUCUUUACAGCAAGAUUCAAGAGCAACAGCAGAGGAAGCGUGUAGAGCAGGAAGAGAAUGAGCGCUACGAGGCCCAGCUGGAAGUGGAAAUGAGGACCCACCAGCCCUGGGGCAAAGGUGGAGGAGGAGCUCCACUCAGGGACAGCUCUGGCAAUCUCAUCGCUGAUCUCAAUCAAAUGCACAAGCUGAAUGAGGAGGCUUACAUCAACCCAGAGCAGUGGCAGAGGAGAGCUACUGCUGCCAGGAUGGCCCACGGACCCGAGCCGUCUGAUCCCAACGAGAGAGUCUCUGGUUUCACCAACAUCCAAACCCCACAGUUUGCUAGAGGCAACAUUUUUCCCAACCAGCCCACCGAGCAGCAACUCAAGGAGCAGGACCAGUACAAAGCCUUCCUCAAGCAGCAGAUCGAGGAGAAAAUGCGUCAAAAAGCAGAGGAGCGGGAACGCAUCCGACUGGAGGAGGAGAAAGAGGAGAAGAGGCUGGCAGAGCAGAGGGCGCGCAUCCAGAGAGAGUUCGAGGAAGAGCAGGAGAAGAAGAAACGAAAGGAAAUGGAGCAAAAGGCCAAAAACGAAGAGCUGAUUCAGUUGGCCGAGCAGAGGAAGAGGGAGGCUGAGCAGAAACGAAGGGAGAUGGAGGAGAAGGAGAAUGCAGCUCUGAGGAGGCAGUAUGAGAGGGAGCGGGAGAGGCAGGCGCGAGAGGAGGAGGUCCACAGAGAGCCUUUGCCUCCAAUUCCAGCCCUGCAGAGGAAACAAGGGCAGCACCAGCACACCCCCAGACCCCCCACACAUGACAGCCAGCACUCCAGAGCCCCCUUAACGCAGGGCUCUCAGUCUGGUCUCCAGUCGCCUCCAGUUCCUGCUUGUCGGAACCAGCUCAGAGCUGCAGGAGCCUACAAAGAUGUGUUCAGCGAGUUGUCAGCUUUGCGGCAGCAGCUUCGCAGCGAGCAGAAGAGACUAGAGUGUCGUCUGCAGCAGGACGACUGGGAGGAGCUGGACUCUCCCAUGAGCAUCAGGUCUCAGGAGCGUCCUGCAGUAGACGUGUUUGACAUGGCAAGACUGCGACUGCAGGCUCCAGUUCGAAGGCCGAGCUCCAGAAGCGUGGAUCCCAGAAACCUGCGGAACCAUGAAUCCUAUCGGCUCAAACAUGCAGAUGGAGAGUCAAGGCUUGGGUUUUGUAAAGAGGCUAAAUUAGAGGAGACCAACCAGAGGAUCAGGGACUACGGAGACUCCUAUCACCACUUCAGUGACCAAAGAUCCACAGUGCUUGAUGAUUAUUUAGACCUCUCUCCGCCUCAUCAAACUAAUCACCUGAGAGGUGACAGCAGAGGAUCUGAAAGAGACUCACAGCUGCGGUCAGAAAUCACAUUUAUCGACUCCUUAGAUGACGCCACUCCAGUACCGCACACUCCAAAGCUUGACGAGGUCCAUCAGUUGUCGGCCAGAGAGAGGAGGAGGCUGUCCAAACAGCACGCACAGGAACGAGCCGUCUCCAGCCAGCUCAGCGGCCGGCGUAAUGACGGCUCUUCUCACUCAGGCUACAGGCCACAGCGGGAAGCAGAGGAAGGUGGCGAGUGGAGGAUCCGGAACACGGCAGGGCGUCUGACAGCCAUUAGUCGCCGUGGAAACGCUGAUGGUCCAACUUCCAAUUCAGCAGGACUGAAUAUUCAGUAAUGUUCAGCCCUGGACUGGAAACAUCCGUUGUUUCUCAAAAUGGUACCUGUUUUUGGAUGAAAAGGAGCUUUUUAUUCUUUCUUCACAGAGUUUGCUAAUCUGUAAGAUUUUAUUCAGCAACUGUGUGCAGUUAAAAUGUGUUUGUUCUUGUCGGUCUGUCCUUCUGCAGGAGGACGGCUCCUCAUCAGAGCUCAGUAGAAACUCAGAUCUCCAUUUGAGGCCUUCAGCAGACGCGCUGAAACGUCUUGGCCUCUGAGGAGAGACUGGUUUGCUAAAAAGUCUCUGUUCUGCUUCCCACAGUCACAAGAAUAAUGACAAGUCAGUUCUUUACAAAUAACAGGGUGGUUUUUGUUUUUGAAGGAUAGUAUGAAUGUCUGUACUUUCUGUUUAUAUAAAUAUAAACCUCCAAAUCUUGUCCCAUAGUGGGAACUAUUACUAGAUUUUAACUUUAUUACUGAUUUAAAUUAUGUUUUAAUAAAUUCUAUAUUUUAUUA